UCCUGUUGCGGCAGGUAGGGCACAACGUAGGGGCAGACAGAACUGAUCAUCUCCCUCAUGUUUACGCGAAGAAAAUUGUGCACCCGAACAAAAGGCUGGUUAGUUGUGUGAGAGAGGACCAAGGAGGUAUAGUCAACAUAACUGCGCAAUUUUUUUUUUAAACUUCCCCGAAAAGAACUUCCGUAGCUGACAUAAACAAAGCGCGGAUAAGCAAACCCUCCGCGCACUGACCUCCCCUGCUAAGGAGUCAUGUGACACGGAAUACGCACCGAUCAACACGUCUCUCACUUUCACCUCCAGCGCCUGACAUAUGGAGAUUGGGAAAGUGAACUGCACAAAAGAACUGAUAAAGCCUUCCACUCGGUACACCUGUGCUGCAAGGUGCAAGCAGUACAUUUCACGUGAAGUCGUGACACCACUACACGGCGCCACUCGCCAUCAACACCCAGCACCGCGCGCCUCCACGAUCGCAGUUGUCGUUGGGAUGUUGUAGCCCCCCGUCUGCUGCCUCGACACACCAGUCGACGCGCGCGCUCGCUGCAGCUGCCCGCCAAAAGUACGAAAGCGCGGUUUUCUCCUCCCGGGGUUCGUUCGUCCUGACGUCCAUUCCUGUCUGUUAGAGUUGUCUGCCUUGACCCACGUUCAUCGACAUGGCCGCCGAAGAGGGCAGCAGCGGCGGGCGAAAGGUUCUGAUCGCUAUGGACGGUAGCGAACAUUCCUUCUACGCGUUCGAUUGGUAUAUGCAGUUUAUCUACACACAGGACACUGAAGUGAUUGUCGCCCAUAGCGGCAACUGUAACCGCCACCGUCCCUUUCAGCUGUGGUACAUGGCCAACAUGCACAGAGAUGGCGUAGAGGUCUUGAUAGCUCACUGCCCAGACUACAGCUCCCUCUUGCAUGCACCCGUCAUGUCCAGUGACCCAGCGAUGAUCAGCCGCAUGAUACAUCAAGAAGAAGAGGAAGUGAACUCCAUCGUCAGCAAGAUCAAGGAUAAGCUGACACAGCAUGGGGUCAAAGGGAAAUUACUACGCCUGAGCGGCGAGGCGGGUCACUCCAUCGUCAAGACAGCGGAGAUGGAGGGAGUGUCAUGCAUCGUGACAGGCACCCGAGGGCAGGGGAAGGUGCGCCGCACGCUCCUGGGCUCUGUCAGUGACUACAUCCUGAACCACGCUCACGUUCCUGUCCUCAUCUGUCGUCACAAGGAGGUGGCCGGCAGCAGCGACAGUCAGUAGUGACCAGACCUGGCGAGGGCUGCAGCCGAGAGUGACGUCACCGUGCAUGUGACGCGUUAGCCGGUUGUGAAAGUGACGACAUCGGUCACGUGAGGAACGUUUGGGGGGAGAGAUGACCUCGCAAUCCGGGACUGAAUGCCCGAGGUGCUCGCAGAGCAAAGAAAGUAAUCAAUAUUGAUAUUAUUUCAGGUGCCAUCUGUUGAUUUCGUGGUCCAUUCUUAGAGAAGUGAUUAUACUCAGUUUUUGUUUCUUGUGAUUUUUUAUAUUUUUCUUGCAUCACCAAUAACUUGUAAGUGUACUGAUCUUUCACUAUGAUUACUUGCGUUCUUUAUGUUAAUGUUUGGACCUAGGAUCCCCUUAAAUAACAAGGGGUUCCCUGGAACCGUAGUUAUGAAGUGAGGGUAAGUCGUUGCCUUGAGGCAAGGUGGGGAACUCAAAAGCAAGUAUCUCAUUUCGGAAGUUCUAAAGCCGUGUCCAGACCCUGCACAUGUUGUUUUACUCUUGUAGAUAUAAAGCAGCAUCAAAGUUUGGGGUGCUCGGGGGAAACAUGAAGUUGUGUACACAUGGUCUGGACACCGCAUUGUAAAUACGAAAACAAGACGCUUUUCCCUUGAGUUCCCGAGUUUUGCUUCGAGGAAAAGACUUGCUCUCGCAUUAUAACUACAGCCUCAGAGGGUAAGGACGUGGUGAGUUGGAAAAUUAAUGACUACCAUGAAUGGUACCACGUACGACACACUUUACCAGGCAGAACACUUUGGAGUGGGAAACAAGAGUUCAGCAAACUUCCUGAUUUUGUUUGUGGCCGGUAAAUCCAUGUCUGCAUACGCCUGACAAGCCACAGGCGUGGACUGUCCUAGAAUUGGAACACAUAAUUUAAAUAAACAUAGAGUGAUUGAAUAAAGAGUUGAUUUUCUGGCUACACUAUAGUAACAUAACUCAUUGUGAAUAUGCCACAGUUUAUUCUAGUACUACCAUAUCAUGUAGUAGGAUAUUCAAAACGCAAAAAUAAAAGCAAAACUUUAACAUCCCUGACAAACUCUUGAGAUCUUUCAAAAUGAGUACUGUAAGAAAAAGAGAGAGAUGUCGAUGCUCCAAGCAGUUACCCUUCAGUUCGUAAUUAUAGUGUAGUCGAGUGCAAAAGUAAUUGUGAUUGCUGUUGUUGUUGCCAUUGAGGGCGACGGUGGUCGUGAUGACGAAGUAGCACGGAAUGCAAAUAACAACGAGAAUGGGGAAACAACAUUACUAGGACUUUAUCCGGGAAGACAGAAAACACCAAACCCGCAGAAACUACGCAGUAAAGAGCCGAGACGGAUACGAUGUCGAGUACAAACCCUAUUGGGAUGGCACAGAUUCCACUCCCUGCAGAAGCGGACUUAAUGAUGCUGAUCAAAUCACACUUCAGUUUAGAGGAAGCCAUAAUGGUUCUCUGCAAAUGAAGCGUCUUCUCUUCAAGGAUUCCAUAGUAAAGGUUGUCUGCAGUUUUGGGACAUGAAUCUAGGUUCCUCUUACCUUGCGGUGACCUAUAGAAGUUUUCACCGGAAGGAAGUGGAAUGAGUUUUCCCAUUACAAAAGUCGCGUGUAUUAAUAUUUUAACAUGGUUGGCAAGUUUUAUAUAUUUAAUUAACGUGCCACGCGAGUAAAGAAAAUUGUUAAUUUUUGAGAUGGUAGAAGAGAAGAAAAAA